AAAAAUGUUAAUACAUGUAUGAAGCUCUUCACUGUAGCAGCGUGAUUCCGGUGAGUAGUUUAAGGCUUUUUUUUUCCUCUUAAUUACUUCCCUCCACUUUUAGUUGGGGAGCUUUUCUCGAUAAUCGCCAAAUUUCCAUAAAUUCAAAUCAGUACAUCAUCGAAGAACACGACGAAAAUCCGAUGGCUACAAGCAAAACGACAGUUCAAAUUCACGGAGAUUGUGAAAAUGAUGAAGUGAAGUUACGUGGAGUAGUAGUUCAGUGAAGUAGUAGAUACUGAGAUCGCAUUCUCCGUCGUCAUUUUUCACAUCGAAGCAGUCGUGCAAAAAAAUGAAAAAUUUGCUGUGAGACAGGUAUGUGUCGCAGCAGGAAAUAGCAUCUUAAAGGAAGGAAGGAAGGAAACUCGAAGUUGCUGAAAUUUUUUGAUUCUUUGGGAAGAAACGAGAUAAUGGAAUCCUGUGAUUGCAUUGAGGCUUUACUGCCAACUGGUGACCUGCUGGUUAAAUACCAAUACCUCUCAGAUUUCUUCAUUGCUGUAGCCUACUUUUCCAUCCCGUUGGAGCUUAUUUAUUUUGUCCACAAAUCUGCAUGCUUCCCAUACAGAUGGGUUCUCAUGCAAUUUGGUGCUUUUAUUGUUCUCUGUGGAGCAACACACUUUAUUAGCUUGUGGACCUUCUUUAUGCACUCUAAGACGGUCGCUGUGGUUAUGACCAUAUCAAAAAUGUUGACAGCUGCCGUGUCCUGUAUCACAGCUUUGAUGCUUGUUCACAUUAUUCCUGAUUUGCUAAGUGUUAAAACGCGAGAGUUAUUCUUGAAAACUCGAGCUGAAGAGCUUGACAAGGAAAUGGGCCUAAUAAUAAGACAAGAAGAAACUGGCAGACAUGUCAGGAUGCUGACUCAUGAGAUAAGAAGCACACUCGACAGACACACAAUCUUGAAGACUACUCUUGUGGAGCUAGGUAGGACCUUAGACCUGGCAGAAUGUGCUUUGUGGAUGCCAUGCCAAGGAGGCCUGACUUUGCAACUUUCCCAUAAUUUGAACAAUCUAAUACCUCUGGGAUCUACUGUGCCAAUUAAUCUUCCUAUUAUCAAUGAGAUUUUUAGUAGCCCUGAAGCAAUACAAAUUCCACAUACGAAUCCUUUGGCAAGGAUGAGGAAUACUGUUGGUAGAUAUAUUCCACCAGAAGUAGUUGCUGUUCGUGUACCUCUUUUACACCUCUCAAAUUUUACUAAUGACUGGGCUGAAUUGUCUACUAGAAGUUAUGCGGUUAUGGUUCUGGUUCUCCCGAUGAAUGGCUUAAGAAAGUGGCGUGAACAUGAGUUAGAACUUGUGCAAGUUGUCGCAGAUCAGGUUGCUGUCGCUCUUUCACAUGCUGCAAUUUUAGAAGAUUCCAUGCGAGCCCAUGAUCAGCUCAUGGAACAGAAUAUUGCUUUGGAUGUAGCUCGACAAGAAGCAGAGAUGGCCAUACGUGCACGUAACGACUUCCUUGCUGUGAUGAACCAUGAAAUGAGAACACCCAUGCAUGCAGUUAUUGCUCUGUGCUCUCUGCUUUUAGAAACAGACUUAACUCCAGAGCAGAGAGUUAUGAUUGAGACCAUAUUGAAGAGCAGCAAUCUUCUUGCAACACUGAUAAAUGAUGUUCUAGAUCUUUCUAGACUUGAAGAUGGUAUUUUUGAACUAGAAAAUGGAACAUUCAAUCUUCAUGGCAUCUUAAGAGAGGCCGUUAAUUUGAUAAAGCCAAUUGCAUCUUUGAAGAAAUUAUCUAUAACUCUUGCUUUGGCUCUGGAUUUACCUAUUCUUGCUGUGGGUGAUGCAAAACGUCUUAUCCAAACUCUCUUAAAUGUGGCGGGAAAUGCUGUGAAGUUCACUAAAGAAGGACAUAUUUCAAUUGAGGCUUCAGUUGCCAAACCAGAGUAUGCGAGAGAUUGUCAUCCUCCUGAAAUGUUCCCUAUGCCAAGUGAUGGCCAGUUUUAUUUGCGUGUCCAGGUUAGAGAUACUGGGUGUGGAAUUAGCCCACAAGAUAUACCACUAGUAUUCACCAAAUUUGCAGAGUCACGGCCUCCGUCAAAUCGAAGUACUGGAGGGGAAGGUCUAGGGCUUGCCAUUUGCAGAAGAUUUAUUCAACUUAUGAAAGGUAACAUUUGGAUUGAGAGUGAGGGCCCUGGAAAGGGAACCACUGUCACGUUUGUAGUGAAACUCGGAAUCUGCAACCAUCCAAAUGCAUUACCUAUGCCUCCCAGAGGCAGAUUGAACAAAGGUAGCGAUGAUCUCUUCAGGUAUAGACAGUUCCGUGGAGAUGAUGGUGGGAUGUCUGUGAAUGCUCAACGCUAUCAAAGAAGUCUGUAAAUGACAAAAGGACAUUGGUGUGACAAAGAACAUUAAAUCAUGACUAGUGAAUUUGAGAUCUCUUCACUGUUCUGUACACUCCAAACGGCACAGUUUCUUGUAACUAACUUAAUUCAAUACUCGUAAAGUGAGUACUGGAGUAUCUUGAAAAUGUAACUAUCGAAUUUAUACAUCGAGCUUUUGACAACUAUGUGUUAGGCCUGAAAAAUGCAGAAAAUUAUACGGUUGUGUUCCUAUGCAGCGGAACAAUCCCCUUUGUAGUCUAGUCCUGUUUGUGAAGUAAUGUCUCUUGCAAUUAGGUUUCUAAGGUUAUGUAAGCAUCACAUUAGUUUU